AUGCGCGAACAUUACAAUGCGACAGUUAAAGGUGGUAUUAAAGGAGCAGCAAUUGGUCUUGGAUUAACAUUAGGUUUAUCUUUAAUUGCUCAACGAUAUUUUCCUACAUUUAGAAAUUCAACUAUACAACUUAAAGCCUUUUUAGUUUCUUCUGGCACUACAGCCGGAUGUAUCAUUUUAGCUGAACAAGCUGGUUUAAAUUAUGAAAGAAAAAGAUAUGGUCAUUAUGAGCUUGAAAGACCAAUUCCUUUAAAGGAUGAAACUUCUUUACAAAAAUCUAGAAAUUUUGUUUCAGAAAAUAGAUAUAGUGUUCUUAGUUCUGCUUGGGCUUUAAGUAUAAUUGGUAGUUUAGCUUAUACUCAUAAGAACAGAUAUUUAUCACUUUCACAAAAAGUUGUGCAAGCUCGUAUGUACGCUCAAGCUUUAACAAUUGUACUCAUUCUCGCCGGUGCCGGGAUUUCCAUGACUGAUAAAAGAAAACCAAGUGGUCCUGUAGGAGAUGAUCAUUGGAAAGAUUUGGUAGAUGCUGAAGAAAGAAAAAUUAACAAAAUCCCUUAA